ACUGUUUCCGGGGUUCCCGCGUUUCUACGCAUGCGCAGUCAGGGCCACGCGGAAGAUGACUUGUCAGUGUUGUUGUGGAACGCUGACAGGCACGUGAGCUGUGCUACGUCAAGUAGUGAUAGCGGGCGACAUGGCGGCCACAACUCCUCCCAAGAUUAUAUUUGAACAUGAAGGGGUUUUUAUCCAUAUAAACACAGAAGAAUCUGAGGAUCAGGAUUCACUAAUAUCAGGGUUCCUUCGGAUCAUCGAUAAGGAUGGAGAAACAUUUGUGGAAUAUAAACCUUUGGAGUAUACAGUGGAUCUUUCAAAUAUGCUUUGUGCCUGCAAGGACUCCAGUUCAGUGGUGGAGUGGACACAGAGGCCUCAUCGUCCUUUGGACCAGCAGCUUAGCUGUGAGACUGAGUGGGACAUGGUUAACACAGUCACCUUUAAGAGGAAGGUCCAUACCAACGGAGAAGGGGGUUCAAACCACUUUAAUGAGCGGAACAAGUGGGCCUUCUCCUUUAAUGUCAGUGAACUCAGAACUGUCACAGUUAAACAUGAAGGCUGGUCAUACCUGAUUUUCUGCUUGAGAGAUGAUGCAACAUUGCCUGCCAUUCACUUCCAUCAAGGAGGCAGCGAAGGGUUUCUGGACGGCUUGAGGAAAUCAGUGCAUCUCACCGAGAGUCCUGAUGAUAAAAACAUUCUGGUAGUUGGCACAUAUAACAAAGCAAUUUCACAGUCCUUUGAGAAUCUUCUAGAUGACUCCAAUUAUGGCCUUGUUCAGAAGUUCAGAAAGGAUCCCUACACAACAACUUUGGGUGGUUUCUCUAAAGUCACAAACUACAUCUUUGAUGCAUUUCGCCCGUCUGAGUCUGAAUACCAGCAGCGCCCUGAUGAGGAAGUGGCAGACAUUCUGGGGGAACUGAUCCCUGGGCUGGAGAUCAACCAGCAGGAGGAGCCUGGCUUUGAGGUCAUCACCAGAGUCGACUUGGGCACAAGGCCAGAGGUACAGAGAAGAGAGCCAGUAAUGAUGGAAGAUUGGGCAAAGCACCAAGAUUCAGAGGGAAGAGUGUCCAAUGUGCCUCAUCUAAAGCACCUUAUUUUCAAAGGGGGCCUGUGCCAUGCUGUGAGAAAAGAAGCUUGGAAGUUUUUGCUGGGCUAUUAUCCCUGGGACAGUACACAUGAAGAAAGGAAAAAUCUGCAGAAAAGGAAAACGGAUGAGUACUUCAGAAUGAAGCUGCAGUGGAAAUCAGUCAGCGAGGAGCAGGAGAAGAGAAAUUCCAGGUUACGGGAUUAUAAAAGCCUUAUUGAGAAAGAUGUAAACCGGACUGACCGGAACAAUAGGUUCUACGAGGGCUUGGACAACCCUGGGCUGAUAUUGCUUCAUGACAUCCUAAUGACAUAUUGCAUGUAUGACUUUGAUUUGGGCUAUGUACAAGGCAUGAGUGAUCUGCUGUCUCCUAUCCUGUUUGUUAUGGAGAAUGAAGUGGAUGCCUUCUGGUGCUUUGUCUCCUUCAUGGAUCAGAUGCAUGAAAACUUUGAGGAGCAGAUGCAGGGCAUGAAGACUCAGCUGAUCCAGCUCAGCACAUUGCUACGGCUCCUAGACUUAGCCUUCUGGAACUACCUGGAGGCUCAGGAUUCUGGGUACCUGUAUUUCUGUUUCCGGUGGUUAUUGAUCCGCUUCAAGCGAGAACUUUGCUUUCAGGAUGUGCUUCGCCUAUGGGAGGUGAUGUGGACAGGCCUGCCUUGCCAGAAUUUUCACCUUUUGGUAUGCUGUGCCAUUCUGGAUUCAGAAAAACAAAAAAUAAUGGACAGACAUUAUGGUUUUAAUGAAAUUCUUAAGCACAUAAAUGAACUUUCUAUGAAACUGGACAUUGAGGAAAUCCUUAUUAAAUCAGAGGCUAUAUAUAUGCAGAUAAAGAACUGCAAGGAUUUGCCCCAUUCAGUGAGUGAGAUUCUGGCCUUGAACGCAGUCACUGAGAGCUCUACAUUAGAAACCAGCGAAUACAGUGUGCUUGAGUCACCUCAGACCUCACCAAGAUCUGCACACAGACAAGACGAUGCCUACUCCAAUGGCCAUGGACUCUUACACGAAACAUCACACAACACAUGUAAAGUCGGCUUUAUUUCAUAGGACAUUUCAUAGAUUUUCUUAUCACCUGUAUAUCAGUAAGAUAAACAGUGUUUAGUAUCAUGUAGAUAUUUGCUACCAGAUGUUACAUUUAAAGUAUCCCGGAAAAGAAAACAUGGAAAAGAAUAUGUAUGAAUGUAAAAUUGGGAUUUAAUGUGAGCUAAAGCUAUUAUUUUUGUAAUUUUCUUGUACCAUAUUGUCUUUCAUUGAAAUAAUCAUUCCUUCUCACUGUAUAAAGUUUUCAAAAUGUAGAGAUGGAUUUUCCAUUGUGGAUUUUAAAUUCUGAUUGAUUUCCUGCAUUUUUUUCUGAAUCAUUCUAUUGAACCAAUUAAAAUCUGGUCUCCUCCUGCUUGUU